CUACCUAAUACCUUUCCUAAUUACUACAUACCUUUAAAAACAAAAGAGGGAAGAUCCAUUGGCUUUUAUUGACUCGCCGCAUCUGCUUCAGCUAGGCAGAGUCCCUAAACCAUACGCUUCAAAGGCCUCUGACAGGAGUCGAUUUGGCCAAUCAAAGACUGAAAGCUGGCCACAGCCCAGUCUUUUGAGCCUCGUCCAACGUCCCGCCGCACGGUCUCCAAUCGAGUCGUCUAAUAGAAAGCUUGCGCAUGGUAAAAGGAGGCUGUGCAUGUGCAAUCCGGUCACCACGGCACUCAACCGAAUCCCAGCCAUAGAAGGAUUGGAUUCACAGACACUCAUCCUACGGAGGACGGGGCAAGCUUACAGUGAUUACUUUACCUGACAACUUGCCCAUUCGAUUAGAGUUAACGAGUUGACGACACGACACCGUCUACAUCUGCCAUUGCCUUGGCUGUCAGCUUGUCGCUUGGCACCCUCCCACAUCGCUCGACCUCAUCGCAUCGUAUCGACAUCAAAUAAUUGAGUUUUACUUGCUCGAUCGAACCGUUCAUCGCGCAACGUCAUUUCAUAAAAUCCGCAUGCUGGCAGCCGCCUUUGCCAGUCGAUAGUCUAGCCUUCAACUGUCCGCCGCCAUGGCUGGGCGACCGCCUGGAGGAGGUUUCGAUACGGGACACUCGAAUAAUCGCGACGAUCUGUUACUCGACCUCGACAAUGACCAACCUGUUUACAGUGGCGGACAGCGCUCCAAUCUCAACGAUGACGACCUGAUGCGCUUUCACGAACAGAAUCAAGACCCCCCACCAGGACGUACCUCUGUGUCCUAUGACGACUUCGUCGGUGCUCGAGACGCGAAUCAUGCUUCGACCGCACAACCUGCCGGCGGGUUAGGUGUACCGCCCAGAUCUGGUCCAGGUUCGAAUCCCUACCUUACGAGACAGUAUAGCCAGACUUCCGAACUCGGCAAUUACCAACGCUACGCUGAUGACUUCGAUGAUUAUCCCGUCGAUGGCGACUCGUACUAUCAUCAAGAUGGAGGGGCAAGAGUUGACGAGACUACCCCGGGCCUUGGUAGGAACAACGCGCGGAAUCGAAACAGCGUCUUGGGCCUUGGUGGAGGUUUUCUUGGUAAAGUCAAGAAUAGGUUAGGCCUCGGCCAAGGAUAUUCAGAGAUGGAUCUGCCUCUGACAGAACCCGGCCAUGAACGAGGAGAUUCCGUUGGAGGGAACUCUCAUCAGCCACCGCAGCAGGCUCAGAAGGGCAGGUUUGAUAUGGGUAACUUCAAGUUUGGAUUUGGCCGAUCGAAGCCGGAUCCGUCAACCCUUGGUCCUCGACUCAUAUACCUUAAUAAUCCGCCAGCCAAUGCCGCCAACAAGUAUGUUGAUAACCAUAUCUCGACUGCGAAAUACAACGUCGCAACCUUUCUACCGAAAUUUCUGUACGAGCAAUUCUCAAAGUUUGCCAACAUCUUCUUCUUGUUUACUGCCGCGCUUCAGCAGAUUCCCAAUCUGUCACCAACGAACCCCUACACAACUAUUGCACCCCUCAUAGUGGUGCUUAUUAUAUCUGCCGUCAAGGAAUUGGUCGAGGACUACCGCAGAAAGCAAGCCGAUAAUGCUCUCAAUACUUCUAAAGCGCGGGUCCUACGAGGUUCAACUUUCCAGGAAACGAAGUGGAUCAAUGUGGCCGUCGGAGACAUAAUACGAGUGGAAUCGGAAGAACCUUUCCCUUCUGAUUUAGUUCUUCUGGCUAGUUCUGAGCCCGAAGGUCUCUGUUAUAUCGAAACAGCAAACCUUGAUGGUGAAACAAACCUCAAGAUCAAACAAGGGCUGCCAGAAACUUCCUCAAUGGUUUCACCCAAUGAGCUUAGCAGGCUGGGAGGACGUAUCAAGUCGGAACAGCCCAAUAGUAGUCUUUACACAUAUGAGGCAACAUUGACAAUGCAGACUGGAGGCGGAGAAAAGGAAUUUGCUCUCAAUCCAGAGCAACUCCUUCUCAGAGGUGCUACUUUGCGAAACACGCCUUGGGUUCACGGUGUUGUAGUGUUUACUGGCCACGAAACGAAACUCAUGCGAAAUGCUACUGCUGCUCCUAUUAAGCGUACCAAGGUUGAGAGGAAACUCAACAUGCUUGUCCUCUUAUUGGUAGGUAUCUUACUAGUUCUGAGUAUCGUGUGUACCGUUGGAGAUUUGAUCCAGCGGAAGGUCGAAGGCGAUGCUCUCUCCUAUCUCUUCCUGGAUCCCACCAACACUGCUGGUCAAAUCACUCAAACAUUCCUCAAGGACAUGGUCACAUACUGGGUUCUGUUUUCGGCACUGGUUCCCAUUUCUCUCUUCGUCACCGUGGAGUUGGUGAAAUAUUGGCAUGGAAUCCUGAUCAACGAUGAUCUCGACAUGUACUACGAUAAGAACGAUACACCUGCUACUUGCCGAACGUCAAGCUUGGUCGAAGAACUUGGCAUGGUUGAAUACGUAUUCUCAGACAAGACUGGAACCCUCACCUGUAAUCAGAUGGAGUUCAAGCAAUGUUCGAUUGCCGGAAUUCAAUACUCAGAAGAUGUGCCAGAGGAUCGUCGUCCAACUAUGGUUGACGGCGUUGAAGUCGGUCUUUUCGAUUACAAGGCGCUCAAGGCUAACCUCGCCAACGGACACGAGACUGCCCCUGCCAUCGAUCACUUCUUGUCACUGCUCGCAACUUGCCAUACUGUCAUUCCGGAAAUGGAUGAGAAAGGAGGUAUCAAGUACCAAGCUGCUUCUCCUGAUGAAGGCGCUUUGGUCGCUGGUGCCCUGGAUCUCGGGUUCAAGUUCACUGCUCGAAAGCCAAAGUCGGUCAUCAUCGAUGCUAAUGGCCGCGAACUUGAAUAUGAACUUCUUGCUGUUUGCGAAUUUAACUCGACUCGAAAGCGAAUGUCAACUAUUUACCGAUGCCCGGAUGGAAAGAUUCGAUGCUAUUGUAAGGGUGCCGACACCGUCAUUCUCGAACGACUCAAUGAUCAGAAUCCGCAUGUGGAAGUUACACUCCGACAUCUUGAAGAGUACGCCUCUGAAGGUCUGCGAACGCUAUGUUUGGCUAUGCGAGAAAUCCCAGAGAAUGAGUUUCAGGAAUGGUACAAGAUUUACGAUACUGCCCAGAUGACCGUUGGCGGCAACCGCGCUGAGGAAGUGGACAAGGCUUCGGAAAUUAUCGAGAAGGACUUCUUUUUACUUGGCGCAACUGCCAUCGAGGAUCGCCUUCAGGAUGGCGUUCCAGAGACAAUUCACACUUUACAACAGGCCAAUAUUAAAGUUUGGGUUUUGACUGGAGAUCGUCAAGAAACCGCCAUUAACAUCGGGAUGAGUUGCAAGCUCCUCAGCGAAGAUAUGAUGCUUCUGAUCGUUAACGAGGAAACGGCUGCUGCUACACGAGACAACAUUCAGAAGAAGAUGGAUGCCAUCAGGACGCAGGGAGAUGGCACAAUCGAAACAGAAACAUUAGCCUUGAUCAUUGAUGGAAAGUCUUUGACAUUCGCUCUCGAAAAGGAUUUGGAAAAACUGUUCCUUGACUUAGCCAUUAUGUGCAAGGCUGUCAUUUGCUGCCGCGUGUCUCCUCUUCAAAAGGCCCUUGUUGUAAAGCUGGUCAAGAAGUAUCAAAAGGAGUCCAUUCUUCUCGCUAUUGGCGAUGGAGCAAAUGACGUCUCCAUGAUUCAAGCUGCACAUAUUGGCAUUGGUAUCAGUGGUGAAGAAGGUCUUCAGGCCGCACGAAGUGCGGAUGUUGCUAUCGCUCAAUUCCGCUUUCUCCGAAAGUUAUUGUUGGUUCAUGGCGCAUGGAGUUAUCAGCGUGUCACGAAGACGAUUUUGUUCUCAUUCUAUAAGAACAUCGCAUUAUAUAUGACACAAUUCUGGGUAAGUAUGACACGAAACCACGAGUGUGUGUAACCAUGGCUAAUACUGUUGGCAGUACACAUUCCAAAACGUAUUUUCCGGUCAGGUUAUCUACGAGUCAUGGACACUAUCCUUCUACAACGUUUUUUACACCGUUCUACCCCCUCUAGCGCUCGGUAUUCUGGAUCAGUUCAUCUCGGCUCGCCUGCUGGAUCGAUACCCCCAGCUUUACAUGAUGGGCCAGCAGAACUACUUCUUUCGAUUUAAAGUUUUCACACAGUGGAUAGGCAACGCUAUCUACCAUUCUAUUGUGCUGUACAUUUGGGCGCAGCUCUUCUGGUACGGUGACCUUAUCCAAGGAGAUGGCAAGAUUGCUGGUCAUUGGGUGUGGGGCACGGCGCUCUACGGUGCCACUCUCCUCACCGUCCUAGGUAAGGCUGCUCUUGUCACCAACAACUGGACCAAGUACCAUGUCCUCGCCAUACCUGGAAGCAUGGCCAUUUGGUACGUGCUUACUGCCGUCUAUGGUAUCGUAGCGCCUAUGGCAGGCGUGUCCAUGGAGUACUUCGGUACCAUACCAAGGAUCUACGAAAGCCCCGUGUUUUGGCUCCAAACGGUCUGCCUCGCCAUUAUGUGCCUCUUGCGUGACUUUGUCUGGAAGUAUGCGAAGCGUAUGUACCGACCACAGACAUACCAUCACAUCCAGGAAAUCCAGAAGUACAAUAUUCAGGACUAUCGGCCCAGAAUGGAGCAGUUUCAGAAAGCAAUUCGGAAAGUGCGGCAAGUGCAACGUAUGCGUAAACAACGCGGAUAUGCCUUCUCGCAAGCAGACGAGAGUCAAACACGUGUGCUCCAAGCAUACGAUACCACGAAGCAUCGUGGACGAUAUGGUGAGAUGGCCAGCUCAAGGCCAGCGGGCAGGUAACCGGCAGGGGCAGAAGGGGAGAGGGAUCGUGCGCAGGUCUUUUGAGAAUGCCUGUGUGGUUCGCGUGACGAAUACAAAAUAUUGGGGGGUUUACUCAGGAGUUGGAUUGCCAUUUAUUUCAAAACACCGGGUGGUCGUUCUGCUCAGUCACCCUUUUCUAUACUAUCCAAUUAUCGAUGCUGAGAGCUGCGCGUCGUUGGCUCGAUGAAUUGAAAUUCGCAUGAUGCAUAUAUGCUCUUGGACAUCUUGGAGAGGUGCCCAGACACCUUUCUUAGAACAAGCGAGAACGAGGAUAUGACAGGGGAUCUACGGAGGUAGGCUAUACGAAACGAGACCAGCAUGUUAAAUCAUGCGCUAGACAUGAGAGAUACUAUUUAUUGCCGAUAUUUUAGUCUGCCGGAGUUCUCGAUUUUCAAAACCUCAUGGAUAGGCUGCAUAGGUAGCUGCUUACAUUUGCUACCUGUGUCGUGGAGGCUAGAGAAUAUUAUGUUUUGAUCCCAUACCAUUACUGUAACCAGCCACGCCAUCUUUCAACUGUGAACAUUAUUAAACAACUAAAAUAUUUCUCCGACUUUUACUUC